CCCGUUUUUCUGCCGUGGCAUCGGCGCCGCUAUUGUUAGCCUCUCUGGCGUGGUCCGACGUUUUCGUUCCGUAACUCGUGUUUGAUUAGAAUGUCCAGUCCGACACCACUUGCUAAUGAUGUUACAAUGCAGAACGGCGGGACAGAAUGUCACGAAGCGGAGGAGGAAAAAGAGAAGGAACAACCCGUGGCUGAGGCUGAUAAUUCGUGCUCCAGCGAUGGCCCACCUGCGAAGAAGGCUGCAUUGCAAGGAGCACCAACAGCCUCUUCACUGCCAGAAACAUGGCUGCAAACUGGCGGUUGUAAAAAAAAAAAUAGUGCCUCCACCUUGGGCACCGUCAAACGUGCGGCCUCCUUAAUUUUCCAGGUGAUGGAAGAGUUUCUACAAGUUCAUUUUUGCCGCAGUCUCGCGCUAACGAUGGAUAAGUGUGCCCACAUACUUCCUCGGCCUAGAUGCUCAGAGAGACCUUCCUUGCGCCGAGGUUCUCUCUGUGCAUCUUUUGUUCACAGUUACUCUCGUGUAUUGCGUCGGAGUGUCGUGGGUUUAUAGCUGCAGCCACUGAUUACGCAUCGAGGAAGGUAGCGGAAGAGAACGGACCGACACCAACUUCCACUGUGGGAUGGGGGGUGUGGGACGUGACUUCACGAGCUCACAAGUGCACGUUAAGGUCGGGACAAGCCUAUUGGUACGUAAUAGCAUUCACACAUUGUAUCAGGUAGCGGAAAAAGACGAACAGAAGCAUACGUCCAAAAGUUUGUGCCUGUCCAGUUACAAGUUUUCGUAUGUCCGUCAUUUUCUGUCACCUUCCUCAAUGUGCGGCGAUGCCCAUUACAGGGUGUCUACCAACCUGGAAAACCAUGGAAUUAUCGGGAAAUUGGGCGGGCCUGGAAGAGGCGGGGAAUUUCCACCGCAAUCAACAUUGUUCAGGGAACUUCAGCUUUCGUUUCUCGGAGUGACGGCAAAAGACGCGUCUAUGGCGUGACACAUAUUGCAGGCGACUGAGCAGGCAUGCCAGUACAAAUCUAUACUUGGAAACUAGAGUCUAGGGGAGAGUCUGGGGAUUCAACCCGAAUCACCUUGUCUUAAAACACGCACACCAAGACGAACGUCCCCUCCUUGCCAUUGUUGCAUUCUUAAGUGAACUCUUCCUGCAUAUAGCACCUUUGCCGAAUGGCUUCACAAAGCAAGAGCUCGUCUUUCUAGCUUCUCCUCACUUUCCUAAAUGGACUGUUCCUACGGGCUCUCGACAGCAUAGCAAUUGAGUUCAUUUUAUUUGUACCGCUCGGGUGAGAACAUCUCAAAGUUCAAACUGGAGAAGCCUUCAUAUGAACCAGUGUUUCCACAUAAAAACUGCACUGCAGACACGUCUGUCCCCUUAAAAGUGAGUCCGGGAAUUUUUACAAACUGGACAGUGAAAACCUGGUAACGCCAGGGAAUUUGAAAAGAUCAUUUUGGUAAAAGCCCCAUGUUAUCAACACACUUGUCCCGACCUUGAAGCCAUUAGUUUCACUUUGGUGCAGUUCACCUCUGCUUCGGGCAAGCUUACAAAAAAUAUAACAUCCAAAAAAAAAAAAAAAACGGGUGUAAAUCCGUUUUUGGAGAAAGCAUUUUGAAAGUACUAGGCCACCCUUUAAGCCUUGGUUGUACACUGUAACGCGCUUACCUCGGUGCAACCACUUUGUGACACUGGCGUGUGUUCUGCUCUGCAAAGAGAAAAACCGGGCGGCGUUAACGAACGUGGUUGUUGAGGGCAUUGGUGCGGAAGGGGGGGUGGUUUGAAGCGCCAGUGUGGCAGUGAUCGGCUGGAUUCUAAAGCGCUGCCUUCUCUUGUCUCUUUCUGUUUCUUCUACGAGUUUUUGCAGGUGUCGCCCCCCCCACUUAUUGCGAGCGCCACAGGCACCCCAUCGUCCCAGCAGGGUGUAUCAAACCGUCGCCUUAGUGAUUGGCCGCACUGCUGCCUGCCUGUCUCACGCUCGCUAAGAGUCGCUGGACAUUCACGGGGCACCAUUGGGUUGGACAGCACGCAUUGCGCCUACAUUGAAAGGGCUCCUAGUCUCCCAGCUCUAACUACCGCGCAUGUCGACGGGUCGACAGGGCUGUGAGUUUUGAAAAUUGCCGAGACAUUAACGAGGCGAGCAAAACGGAUGAAGAGACCUCGUAUUUACGAGCGCUGUAACAUUAGUUUACGCUCGUUGCGGCUGGACGCUUUCGGCUGGCUCAGACGGGGCCAGCCAAUGUGCCGCACCUUUGUCCCCAAGCAGUAUGACGGAGCCCGUUGCCCCGAGAAUGUCCAGGGGCUCGGACGUCCAUGUUGCCUUUACCUUGUCCUCCCUCUUCCUUUAAUAGUGACGGACCGACCUGGUGGGCCAUGCAAGGCUGGCGGCACUAGCCCAAGUCACAAGUUUCUCUUUGUUUUUUGUUUUUUUUUUUCCCUCAGCUUUUUUUUUUAACUGAACCAGAGGCUCAGGCUUCUUGUUUUCUUUUUCUUUUUAAAUUCUGGCAUGAUUCUUUUGUGUCUCUUUGAGUGCAAAAUUUUGACAGGUGCAGUUUUUUUUUUCUUUGCUCGAGUUGACUUUUGAACCCCUGUGAGCUACAAUUAAGGCGUUUCUGUGUGUAUUCUUUUCUUGUUGUUCCAGAGGACACCCAUUCGUACCGUGCUCACUAUCUGCAGGUCUUGUCUGGGGAGCCGAUUGAGUUGAGAGGGCGUGCGGGGCGUCUCACGGUGUUGACACGAUGCAAAGGGUUGCAAAUGUGACAAAGCGCAUGACUGGCGAGCUGGCGGUAAUGGCCACCUUCAGCCUGCUCUCUCUUCUCUUUUUUUGGUGCUUUUUCAGGUGUGAUGACGGUUAGGGAGCAUCGCGAAGCUUUCUGGCACUUGCUGCCAACCACUCCUCGUAGCUUAGGUUUUGGGCACAGUCGCUUUGCAAAGUUCUCGGUUACGUCGACGGCCCCAGCGGGAAGGAAGAGGGCAGUCUGCAGCAAGAACAGAUGGGACCCGUGUUGGCGGGACCCGGGGCCCUCAAGGCGUCGCCGCCGCUCAUUGGUUUUGGGCUCAUGAAGCUCUCGCCUGAGCAGCUGGAGAUGGUGACCAAGGCCAAAAAGUAUGCCAUGGAGCAGAGCAUCAAGAGUGUGCUCAUGAAGCAGACCAUCGCCCACCAGCAACAGCAACAGAAGACACUGCAGCGGCAUCAGGCCCUGGUCUUAAUGUGCAGGGUGUACGUGGGCAGCAUCAGCUUUGAGCUGAAGGAGGACACGAUCAAGCAGGCGUUCCGUCCUUUCGGCCCCAUCAAGUCCAUCAAUAUGUCGUGGGACCCCGUGACCCAGAAGCACAAGGGCUUUGCCUUUGUGGAGUACGAGCUCCCCGAGGCGGCCCAGCUGGCCCUGGAGCAGAUGAAUGGUGUGCUCAUCGGCGGCCGCAACAUCAAGGUGGGCCGGCCGAGCAACAUGCCCCAGGCGGCACCCAUCCUCGACCAGAUCAUGGAGGAGGCCAAGACCUACAACCGCAUCUACAUUGCCUCGGUCCACCAGGACCUGACGGAGGCCGACAUCCAGAGCGUGUUCGAAGCAUUCGGCAAGAUCAGGACCUGCAAACUAGUGCCCUCAUCGACCCCUGGCAAGCACAAAGAGUAUGGCUUCAUCGAGUACGAGACCAACGUGGGAGCCAACGAGGCCAUCGCCUCGAUGAACCUCUUUGAUCUCGGAGGGCAGUAUCUUCGCGUUGGACGUGCCAUCACGCCUCCCAAUGCGCUGACGCCCCCGAGUGCCCAGAGCUGCAUGCCGACUGCCGCAGCAGUCGCCGCAGCCGCUGCCACGGCAAAGAUUCAGGCGAUGGAUGCAGUUGCUAAUAAUGCCCUGGCUUUGGGACUCUCGUCUCCUGGAGUGAUCGGUUCUCCGGCCGCGGUCAUUCCUCCUCCGGGGCUGGCCAUCCCGACCAUUGUUCCGCCGGGCCUGGUAGGGGCACCGGGCGUGCUUCCUCAGCCGGUGCUUGCUGCCAACGCGCCUGGGAUAAUCACAGGUGUAACACCAAUGCCACCUGUGGCGGCCAUCAUCCCCCCUCCGGGCAUUGUGACCACUCUGCCCCUUGUGGCAAAACCCCCAACCGACCUCCUGAGCACCUCCUCACUCUCUACCUCGGUGGUUCGGCCCUCGGUUGAAACAGCCCUUGCUCAGGGGGGCUUGGGGCAAGCUGCUCUCAACCAAGCCGCCCUGAGCCAGGCUGCCCUGAGCCAAGCUGCCCUGAACCAAGCUGCUCUGAACCAAGCUGCCCUGAACCAAGCAGCCAUGAACCAGGCAGGUCUGAAUCAGACUGCCCUGAGUCAGGCGAGCCAGGCUCCAACCAACCAGGCAACGCUGAGCCAGGCUGCGACCAAUCAGGCAACUGCAGGGCAGCAGACACCUCAGCAGCAGGAGGAAGACAUGGCUAAAAAGUUGGAGGAGAUGGAACCGCAGACUUUGCAGCAGCAGGAGAAUAUGAUGAUCAAGGGAUCGAACGCGCGUCACAUGUUGAUGCGGAAGUUAAUGCGACGCACGGAGUCGUGCGUGGUGGUGCUCCGCAACAUGGUGGGCGUGGAGGACCUGGACGACGAGCUGGAGUCGGAGGUGACGGACGAGUGUGGCCGCUUCGGCAUGGUCAAGCGGGUCAUCAUCUACCAGGAGCGGCAGUCCGAGGAGGAGAACGCCGAGAUCAUUGUGAAGAUCUUCGUCGAGUUCUCCAAAGCACAAGAAUCGGCCGGCGCAAGGGACGCUCUGAAUGGACGCUUUUUUGGCGGGAGGCUCGUCAAGGCCGAGCUUUACGACCAGACACUGUACGAAGCAAACGACCUGUCUGGAUAAUUGCUGUAGAGAGUGUACAUAUUCUUGUAUAUAUGCAUUUUCAAAUAAAUAAGGAGACAAGUGACAAGUGUCACUCAAA